ACAAUAUGGAUGUUACACCGUAGUGUCAGGCGGAGUUACAGCAAGAGGUUUAUCAAAUUGAUAUUUAGAAGCUUACGUUGCAGUUCUACAAUGAUAAGAUCAGGCGGAUACAGCGAUCGGGACAAACUCGUUAACGAUACAGACGACUCUGGUGAAUUUUCAGGAGAUUCGUAUAGACCAACACCAUUGACAAAUGGAAAUCACGUGAUUCACGUGCCCCCGCCUCGUGAAAAUGACAACAAUCAAUCGACCAAUGAAUUAGUUCUCAAUUCGUCUAGAGUUGCUGAAGGUAGGGAUAUAGACACGAACACCUAUACAGAACUGCUACGUGGGAGUGUUCCAUGCCCGACAUGCAGAGGCAACGGAAGCAUACCGAAAGAACAAGAAGGACAACUGGUGGCUUUAAUUCCUCUCAAAGACAAAAGAUUGAAACCAAGGAGAACGUACCUGUAUGUGUGUUUGGCUGUGUUUCUCUGUCUCACAGCUGCUGGCCUCCUGCUCUUUUUCAUGUUCCCGAGGAAUGUAACAAUCGAAAGUAACAAACCGUUCCUGUAUCCUCAAAAUCUUUCUAUUGCAGUCCAGAAUGUCCAGUUUAUAAUAACAAACCCAAUAAAUAUUACAAAUCAGAAUUACUUUCCUGUGACUGUGAAUAGCCUGUUGAUGACUGUGUUAUUCCGAACCAAAGUCAUUUCUACGUCUAAAAACAAAAACACAACAACCGUACCAAUACGGGAUACAGUUUCUUCUUCAGUGGAUGCAAAACUCAAGUUUAAUGAAUUGAAUGAAUUUGGAUAUAUGGCGAUUUUGUGCAAUGACACAAAUGCAUGGUUCCAUGAAUUUGUGAUGGUGUUUGAUUUCACUGUAAGCUAUAGCUACCUUGGACACACAGAAAUGACAUCACUGACCACAUACCAGUCAGUCAGUUGUGGUAAUGACAGUGCACCGGUCAUCAGCACACCUAAACCACUGACCACCUCAGAACUGCCCACAACAGAACUGACCACUACAAAAUUGACCACAGAAGGAGGAUGAACCUGAUCUUUUCCAUGACUUGUAUAUAAUGAUGAUUCUUGCCAUGCUUUGAGACUAUUCUACAGCAGUGUGACAGUUUUCUAAAGAAGUGACACAUUUGAGUGACUGGUGACCUUCUAGUACAGAUGUGAACUUAAUGGCAUUGAUUCCCAAUGCUACCACUAAGGUUUUGUUAGAUAAUAACCAAAAUCGUUCUAUACUAUCAAACCAGUAAUCUCCAUGGCAACCAAAUAUAGAUGUUGAGUCAUAUUAUAUGUCAAUGUUGCCAUGGUAUAUAUUACAGAUACAUGUAUGUAGACAGAAUUCCAGGUAAAAAAAAAGAUUUUCCUAUGGCUAUUCCAGUAAAAUAUCCAUCUUAAGAAGGACAAAGGAUCAGAAAUUACUAUGCCUGUAGGGUAUUGGAUAAGUACAGCUAAUUAUACUACAUUGUAUAUUGUUUGAAUUACAUCAUAUUUUGGUCACAUGACAAACUCUAUGACCUCUAUAACACACUUAGUGUGAAGUACUUCCAUUGGGUAGAAAUCCUACUGGAAUAGCCUGUAUAAGCAAUGGAUUUCUGGUCCCUAUUUUUAU